CCACCAAGUUCCUUUGGGAGCAACAAGGCAUGGCUGACUGACCAGAUUGUCCCAUUAGUCUUACACUCACCUCAACAAUAAACAAAUGGGGUUAAUCAACCCAAAGGGCCUCUAUUUAACCUGAACCCAAAUCCCGUACUAUACACAAAUCAAGUCCACUCGCAUAGGAUACAAACUCUUUCUUCUCCCAGGCCACUCUGGUUGUCGUCAGAGCAAUGGUUCUUGGAGCGACGCUUGCCGCUGCGGCCUCAUCGGUGCCAUGGAGCUUCCUGCUCGGCGGUCUCCUGGGCCUGGCGCUCCUGUGGAAGGCCGGCCGGCUGCUGGACCAGAUGUGGUGGCAGCCUCGGCGGCUCGAGCGGGCGCUGCGCGCGCAGGGCAUCCCCGGCACGUCCUACCGCUUCCUCGCCGGCGACCUCAAGGAGUACGGCCGGCUGGCCAAGGAGGCCUGGUCCAAGCCUUUGCCGCUGCGGUGCCACGACAUCGCGCACCGCGUCAUGCCGUUCGUCGACAACCUUGUCCGGGAGCACGGCAAGAUGAGCAUGUCCUGGUUCGGCCCCAACCCCAAGGUGACCAUCGUCGAUCCUGAGCUGAGCAAGGACGUGCUGUCCAACAAGUUCGGUCACUUCGAGAAGCUCAAGUUCCCGGCGCUGUCCAAGAUGCUGGGCGGCGGCGUGGCGAGCCACGAGGGCGAGAAAUGGGUCAAGCACAGGAGGAUCCUCAACCCUGCAUUCCAUCUUGAGAAGCUCAAGCGCAUGCUGCCAGCGUUUUCUGCGUGCUGUGAAGAGCUAGUCAGCAGGUGGUCGGAGUCCCUCGGCUCGGAGGCUUCGCUGGAGCUGGACGUUUGGCCUGAGCUGCAGAACCUCACUGGAGACGUCAUUUCUCGCACCGCAUUCAGCAGCAGCUACCACGAAGGAAGAAGGAUUUUCCAGCUGCAAGCCGAGCAAGCUGUGCUUGUCAUGACCAACAUUCGGAAGAUUAUGAUUCCUGGUUACAUGUCCUUGCCAACCACAAGCAACAGAAAGAUGCGCAAGAACAACAAAGAGAUCGAAUCAAUUCUAAGAGAAAUAAUCGGGAAAAGAAUUCGAGCAAUGGAACAAGGCGAAAGCACCAAAGAUGACUUGUUGGGCCUACUCUUGGAGUCAAACAUGAGAGAAACAGAAGAGAAUGACCAAUCGAGCAUGGGGAUGACAAUUGAAGAUGUUAUCGAGGAGUGCAAGGUGUUCUAUUUUGCAGGAAUGGAGACCACAUCGGUGCUGCUCACGUGGACAAUGGUUGUACUAAGCAUGCACCCAGAGUGGCAGGACCGUGCGAGGGAGGAGGUGCUAGGUUUGUUUGGCAAAAACAAGCCUGAGUACGAAGGCUUAAGCCGCCUCAAAACUUUGACCAUGAUCCUUUAUGAGGUUCUCCGGUUGUACCCUCCAGCCAUUUCUUUUGUCCGGAAAACAUACAAGGAGAUGGAGAUUGGAGGCAUCACCUACCCUGCCGGUGUGAUCUUGGAGCUGCCCGUGCUCUUCAUUCACCAUGACCCGGAUAUCUGGGGAAGUGAUGUGCACGAGUUCAGGCCAGACAGAUUUUCUGAAGGGAUCUCCAAGGCGUCCAAGGACCCAGGCGCAUUCCUCCCGUUCGGUUGGGGCCCACGCAUUUGCAUUGGUCAGAACUUCGCCUUGCUAGAGGCCAAGAUGGCGCUGUCCAUGAUCCUUCAGCGAUUUGAGUUCGAGCUAGCACCGUCAUACACUCAUGCGCCACAUACCGUGAUAACACUACAUCCUAUGCAUGGUGCCCAAAUUAAGCUCAAAGCAGUAUGA